AUGUGCAGGGGCGUCUUCUACAGCACCAAUGCUGGCGACACGUGCACGGGGGUGGCGCGGCAGGUGGAGCUGUGUGGGGCGGCGGCGUCGGAUGCGGAGUGUGAGGCGGCAUUUCAGGCGCUCAACCCCGCUGUCAACUGCUCCUCCCUCAGCCCCUCCCAGGCCGUGUGCCUCGAGAGGGACCCCGCCAAGGCCAAUCGCAUUCCCGUGUGUGACGAGUACUACCGGCCGCGGGCAAGCGACACGUGUGAGAGCAUCAUGGACUCGGCGGCGCCUCCUCUGGGCGCCAAGGAGCUGUACCGACUCAACCCUGGCAUCAACUGCAACCAGCUCAUCCCAGCCAAGGACGACAGCUUCCAGUGGCCCCUUGAACGCGAGAUUUGCACCAAGAGCUCAACGUCAUUUGCGAUAGGGAGCUGUCCAACAGACAACCAGUACUACUUCAUGCCCACUGACAACUGCAGUAGUGUCCACGUGCAGCAUUUCCAUGGCAUCAAGGGGUGCUACCGGAAAAUCAAUGGGUAUGAAUGUGUAGACAAGAUGACACCAGGAACUAAGGUCUGCCUACCGAACUACAAUAGUGCUCGGAUUGGAGAGUGUGUAUAUUAA